CGUUCUCUUGCAAAAAAAUCUCUCUCUCUCUCUCUCUCCCUCUCUGUGUGCAGUGGAAGCGACGGACGAGCUUGCUCCGAUGAGAAUCGCGACGCCGGACGAAUCCGAAAUGCUACUCGCUCUCCGCUCUCCGGCCGACAGCGACGGCGUCUGAGCUGCUUCUUCCCGUCGCCGGCUGCUUCCUCCGGCGUCUUCCUGAGAGAUCGGAGUUAGGAGCCCUGCAUCGAGUGUCGGAACCGCGAUCUCGGUCGAGCUCCGUCGCUCAGCCGAUAGCUCCGGCGAACUUCGAUUAGCGGUGAAAUGCGGAGGGGCUAAGCUGAAUUCGAAGCGAGGACCGGUCGGAGCGUUAGGUGCGGGCUGUGAAGUGGAGCUAGGCGCGGCCGUUCGGUUGAGCGAGAGCGAUGAUGCUGGAUCUCAACCUCAACGAGGAGGUCUCCACCUCGGAGUCGACGCGGAACGAGAGCCCCGUCGCGAUCCUCGAGGAGCUCCCCGACGCGCCGCCGGGGGCUCAGAUGGAUGAGUCCGGGACCUCGAACUCGUCGAUCGUCAAUGCCGACGGUUGCGACGACGAGCCGUGCUCGGCACGCGCCGCCGCCGCCGACGUUCGCACUUUCACUUUCAGCUUCGGCAUCCUGAAGGCCGGCGAGGGAGGUGCUGGCGUCGCAGACGACGAGGUCGACGCGACGAGGCAGUUGUUCCCGGUGAUGGAGGUGGGUGCGGAUAUGGAGAGGUGCGGCGAAUCGUCUGCGAUGGACAAGAGGAACGACGUCUUCGCGGUCGAUACUUGUACGGAUAAGGAAGGUCCGAGGCUAGCGAUGCCGCAACAGCGGAGGAAGAGCAGGAGGGGUCCGAGGUCGAGGAGCUCGCAGUAUAGAGGGGUUACUUUUUAUAGGAGGACCGGAAGAUGGGAGUCGCACAUAUGGGACUGUGGAAAGCAAGUGUAUUUGGGUGGAUUCGACACUGCACAUGCUGCAGCUAGGGCCUAUGAUCGAGCUGCAAUAAAAUUCAGGGGGCUCGAUGCAGACAUAAAUUUCAAUUUGAGUGAUUAUGAGGAUGAUUUGAAACAGAUGAAGAAUCUUGCAAAGGAAGAAUUUGUACACAUACUUCGUCGACAGAGCACUGGCUUUUCUAGGGGAAGUUCGAAAUAUCGAGGGGUGACACUGCACAAGUGCGGGCGGUGGGAAGCUAGAAUGGGCCAAUUCCUUGGCAAAAAGUAUAUAUACCUCGGCCUAUUUGAUAGUGAAGUAGAGGCAGCAAGGGCGUAUGACAAGGCAGCUAUCAAAUGUAACGGAAGAGAGGCCGUGACCAACUUUGAACCUAGUACGUACGAGGGAGAGAUGAUUGCAAAAGCCAGCAAUGGAAAUAGCAUCUAUGGUGACCAGGGUCUUGAUCUCAAUCUCGGGAUAUCAGCUUCUUCCAGGGGAACAAUGGAAAUCUUAGAGCCUUCCCAGUUCCUUGCUGACCCUGGCGACAUGCAUCGUGGAAGUAGUUUGAGGGUUGAAAACUCUGCUGCAUCCUGGGGCAAUCCAUCUUUUGAAGGUUUUUCAAUGACAUCAGGACAUCCUCCUCCUUGGACUGGUGUUUAUCCUAGUGUCUUUCCUCACAUGGAAAGAGCUAAAGAGAAGAUAUGUGGGUUAGGCACGUCCCAAGGACUCCCUACCUGGGCAACACAAAUGCAUCAUGGUCAGGUCAAUUCUGCCCCAUUACCACUGCUCUCUGCUGCAGCAUCAUCAGGAUUCUCACUGUCGGCCGCUCCUCACUCUCCUGUCAAUCUUCCCCUGCCGUUGACCGACUCAACAAGCCAAAGCAACCGUUUCUCUUUGCCCUCCUCGGCUGCCAACAUCUCUCGUGGCUACUAUCAGUUGAUGCCUCAAUGGCCUCCUAGGUAACUCUUAGAUCUCUAAUGAAGGGUUCGGAGAGAUCAAUGUUUAAUUAUUAUUAGGAGGAAAAUCUGGGCACUCUUAGUCAGCUCUCUUUGAUGGCCAAUGUCAUGUUCAUGAAUUUAUCCGAAAGAUUAAAAAAAAGCCAUUCAUUAUAAAACAACAAAGAGAGUUUUGAUGGCGAAUAA